AUCAUUAUUUAGAAUUAAAGCCAAGCUGGUGUUUGACAUUAACUCACCGCCUGUCAGAGAGCAUGGGAGCAAUUAUAUUUCUCCUGAUUCUGGCGCUUCUCAAGGACUAUGGUCAUGGAGCGCCACAGAAAGGUACUACUGUGUGUGUUUUUCUGGGUUUAUUGACUACUGGUGCCACUCAACAAUGCUUGGACAUAGACGAUUGUGUUAAGUCCCCAGAUAUUUGUGGGAAAUGGGGAACCUGUCGUAAUCAGGGUUGUAGCUACCUGUGCCAUUGUCCCAAUGGAUUUAGGAACUCUGGCGACAGACAAACUCCGUGUGUAGAGAAAGACAAGUGUGUUGAGAUCCCAAAUAUUUGUGGGAAAUGGGGAACCUGUCUUAAUCAGGAGGGUAGCUACCUGUGCCAGUGUCCCAAUGGAUUUAGGAACACUGGCGACGGACAAACUUUGUGUGUAGACAUUGACGAGUGUAAUACAGACGGAGUAUGUGGAAAGGGGGGCAUCUGUCAAAACCUGAAUGGCAGUUACUGGUGCCAGUGUCCUGCUGGAUUUACUAACUUUGGCAAAAACCAAACGAAGUGUGUAGAGCUUAAUUGUGACCAGUACAAAACACAGCCUGGACAGACUCUACCAGGCUUUGAUAGUUUCUUGUCUCUGUUGAGAAACAACUGUUUGGUGUUGAACAACUCUACGUUGUCUGGACCUACAAGACCGCUGCCAACUGGAGAUGGGCUUUUGACAUUACUGGUUAAUACCACGGAUGUUCUUCAACUGGACCUCCAGUCCAAUGGUCACCGUAGUAGCAGUGAAGUGACUAAGUUACUGAGAACCAUUGAAAUCUCGAUCAGACUGAUCGCUCCACUGCUGACAGAGAACGUGACCAGGAUAGAGACCAACCACACAGAGGUUGAGAUUAUGGUGAGGAGAGAGAAGACUCCACCUAAAGGACCAGUCAGCCUGACCAAUGAGAACACUCAACUUGACACCACCUGGGAGACGGUGGUCGGAGAUGACCAGAAUUACCCAGGGUUUGCGUUUGUUGUUCUGCUCAGCUAUAAGAAUCUGGAUAGUCUGAAGGACAACACUUCUCAUCAGAGCCAGCAGCUCAUGUCAAGUGCUGCGACGGUGUCCGUUAGCAACUCCAACACAACAAACCUGCCCCAACCAGUUAAUCUCACUUUCAAUCACCUGCAGUCCAGUGACGUUGACCCCACCUGUGUUUAUUGGUCGGAUGAGAAUGGACUGGGGGUGUGGUCUGGGCGGGGUUGCACCUCAGUGAUGUCAAACUCCAACCAAACAGUGUGCUCCUGCAACCAUCUCAGCACAUUCGCAAUGCUGAAGGGAAUCCAUCAGAGAAAGGGAAGCGGGCAGCUGUCGUUGGUGAUGUGGGUGGGUGUUUUUGUGGCACUGACCUGUGUGGUCCUGUCCCUGAUCACAACCCUGUGGUGUCGCCAUGCCAGCCGCAAACGUCGUGGAGGACACCGGCGGCAACAGGAUGUACAGCUACAUAGAAAAUAAGACAUAGAUUUGAAAUAUGUGUUCUAAGAAAAGCUUUACUUGGAAUUAAUUUGUAACAUUGUCUCUUGGCUUGCAAGGACAUCCAAAUGGCAGCAUUUUUUAUUUAGUAAAGUAUUAUAAAAAUGUAUCAAACAAACAAAAAUAUAAGAACAGAACUUUAUGUUAAUAGAUAUACAAUAUCUCAUGUAUAGAACUCUUAUCAGUUCUGGAGUGUAACAGAAGAGGUCUGAUCUCUAUGGCAACAUAGUUAAGUCAUUUUAAUCUCAUAAAAGUGGUCUGUAAUUAGUAGAGAUGAGAAUAGUGGUAUAUCCACUCAACGCUGCAUUUGUCCAGUAUUAUGCCACUUGGUUGUUGUUGUAACUGAGUUAUUUUAAGUGAAAGUAAUAUUUUUCCUGUUUAUUUUACAGUGUGAGAAGGUAUUUAAAUUCAAAAAUCAUCUCGCUAUUAUUUCCUCCAUUCUAACUAUAAAUAUCUAAGUAUGAGUUGUCCGUUUCUUCAGAAAUAAUGCACGACAUCAUACUGAAAGUACAAUGAAUUUGAUCAUUGCUCACCCAAAACAUUGUUUUUUUUGCCUCUCAUUAGGCCUACAGAACUGCUCACAUGGUGUAAAGACUUCCAAACACCCAAACUGACUUAAAGGCCCAGUGCAGUCAAGAACAUGAUUUCCUGAGUUUUAUGUAUAUUGAAACACUUUGAGGUUGGAAUAAGACUGUGAAAUUGUGGACAUUAUGAUAAUGCCCUUUUAGUGUAAGAGCUGUUUGAAAUGUCAGUCUGUUUUGGUAGGAUGAAGUUUUGGCUUGCUGGUGACAUCACCAGGCAGUAAAUUAGUUAAUAGACCAAUAAAAAAGAG